AUGGCGGAUAGCGUUGCGAGUUUUGUGUUAGAGAAGUUCGCAGAGGUACUGAAACAAGAAAUAAGCUUGCUAAGUGGGGUAAAAGAGCAAGUCAAGUCACUGGAAAAUGAAUUGGUCAUGAUAAAUGGCUUCCUCCGAAAUUCCGAAGGAGAUCAACAACAACAACAACAACAACAACAUGAUCAUAACGACGCCGUGAAGGAGGCAUUCAUUGAACAAAUCAGGGACGUGGCUCGUGAUGCUGAAGAUGUCAUAGACAAAUACAUAGUUCAUGUCAUAAAGCAGAAGAGGCGAACAAUUCCCGGAAAGUUACUCCAUUCUCUCGAUGUUCACGACGUUGCAAACACCAUAACAGACAUCAAGAACAUUAUCAGUAAUUGUUUUGCCAACAGAGAGAAGUAUGCCAAUCAAGGAUCCAGACAACCGUCUCGGAUAGAUGUUGAUGCUGCUGCUGCUGUUGCUGCCGCUGAUGGUGGUAGUCGGCCAUCGUUUCGGAGAUCGAGGACAGCGGUUGAAAGAGAUCAUGUUGUGGGAUUAGAAGAUCACAUAUACAAAUUAGUAAACCAGCUUACCCAAGAUCGGUGUUCCAGACGGGAUGUGAUUUCAAUCACUGGAAUGGGGGGCUCAGGAAAGACAAAACUGGCUAAAAAAAUCUACCAACAUAAUGCUGUCAUUGCUUACUUUCAAACCCGUGUUUGGGUAGAUGGAUCGAGGGAGUACAAAAGUAGAGACUGGUUGCUUGGCAUAUUGAGCUGUUUGACGAUCGGCAUCACCAAUGAGAUAUUAGGAAUGCCUGAUGACAAACUGAAACAAACACUACGCAAGGGGUUACAAGGUAAAAGGUAUCUUGUUGUAAUGGAUGGGAUGUGGAAUAAUGGAGUAUGGAACACCAUUAAUACAGCUUUUCCUGAUGAGCCAAAGGGAGGCAGAAUUCUCAUAACAUGUAGAGAAAAAGUAGUAACUUCGAUCGAUGAUUGCACAACUCUUCCAUAUUCUCUGCCGCCUCUCAAUGAAAAACAAAGUUUGGAACUCUUAUGCAAGAAUGUAUUUCCUAAUGGAGAUUGUCCUCGCAAUUUGAAAACUUAUGUUAAGCAACACGCUGAAAGUUGUAAAGGAUUGCCACUCUCUAUUGUUGUGUUGGGAGAUAAUCUCAAGAGAAAAGACAUAUUCUCGUACAGAACUUGGUCCGACACCAUUGACGCUGAUUCCAACCAUAGAAAACAAUGCUUAGACAUCCUCGGACAAAGCUACAAACACUUGCCUCGGCACUUGAAGUGUUGUUUUCUAUAUCUUGGUUUGUUCCCGAAACAGUUUGAGAUUCCCGCGAGGCAGUUAAUUGAAUUGUGGUCAGCUGAGGGAUUCAUUAAAGCCAAUGGUGGUAGGGACGUUGUUAAAGUUGCAGAGGACUGCUUAGAGGAGCUCAUUGAUCGAAGCUUGAUCGAAGUUGUCAGCAAGAGAACCGAUGGAGGUGUGAAGACAUGUCGUAUUCAUUAUCUCUUACAAGAGCUCUGCAAAUCAGAGAGUGAGAGGGAGAAGUUUCUUGAAGUUCAUCGUAUUUCAGAUUCUGAAGUACCACCUCCUUGGAGUAAAGCUCGACGACUUUCCAUCCAAGGUAGCACAUCUCAUUACAUUUCCUCAUUCUCUUACAAUGCUUCCUCUGCUCGUUCUUUGCUUCUCUUUAGCGAGAAUAAUUUGUUUGAGACAAACCACUGGCAAAAAAUUUGCAAAAGCUUCAUGUAUGUCCGACUGCUGUAUCUUUGGAAAGUGCAAAUAGAAUCAAUUCCCAAAGACAUUGAGAAUUUGGUUUUACUGAGAUACAUUAGGAUAUGGAAUGACCAAGUGUUAAAAAUUCCAGCAAUACCGGAUUCCAUAUGUAGUCUCAGGUAUCUAGAAUCCAUUGAUAUAAAUGGUCAAGUUAUUGAGUAUUUGCCAAAGAAGAUUUGGAGGAUGAAACAAUUAAGGCAUUUGAAAGUGUCUAAAUCGAUGAGGCUUCGUGACCCUCCAAGAAGAAACAGUGGUACUAGUGUUGCUUUGGUUAACCUCCGAAUCCUUUCCGGUCUAGCUGUUGAUAAAAAGACUAAGCUUCUCAUGGCUAAAGCUCGGAGCAAAUUUCCAAAUGUAGAGAAACUUCAUUUGGUGUCUGAUACUAAAAAGCCAAUGGUGGAAUCUGAGGUUGCAGACUUAUUGGAAAGCCUCAAGAAUUUACAACGCCUGAAGAGCUUGAAAGUUGUUAAUUUCCCCAAAUUUCAGCCUCGUAUCAGUUUGUUACCAUCAACUCUCAACAAGAUAACCAUCGUAAGUUCGUGUUUGGAUUUGGAGCACUUCAAAAUCCUAGGACAACUUUCCAACCUUCGGAUACUAAAAUUAAGAAAGACAUAUAGAUCAUCACCAAAUAUGCCUAGCAAACUCAGCUGCCUUAGAGGUGAGUUUUCUACACUGGAGGUCUUUCAAAUGAUGGGUCUGACUAUCGAAACAUGGGAAAUGAAAAGGGGUGCAAUGCCAAAUCUUCAACGGUUAGUCAUCAAGGAUUGUUAUGAACUUAGAAACCUGCCAAAUGAACUUAGCAACUCGAUCAAACUUCGACACGUCGAGGUAUCAGAGAUGUCAGAAAAUUUUAUGAAGUUACUUGUGGAAUUCAAGGUUCCCAAGGAAUGUGAGCUUCUAACAGAUUCCAACGUCCAAGAGAUGGAUGAUAAUGAAAAUGAUUUUUACGAUGCAAGCGGUGAUGAUUUGAAUUACUAUGAUCCUUCACCAAGCAGGCAAGCCGGUGGAGAGAAAAUGGCAGAUAUUAUUGUUCCUGUUUUUAUGGAGAAUUUGACAAAGCCGGUUGGACAUGAAGCAAAUUUGCUUCUUGAAGUGAAGGAUCACGUCUGUUUACUUGAAGAUGAUUUGGGAAUCAUCAAUACCUUCCUUAAAGAUUUCGAUGGGAAACAGAAUGAGCAUAAUGUGAUGUUCUUUGGCUGGGCCAUGAUCACACCAUCAUUGAAAAAACCAACUGGGGACAUUUCUGUGGAAUUUGGAAUCCCAGCUGAUAAACCAAGAAUGAGAAAAUGA